GAAAUACGAAAGGGAAGAAGAAGAAAGGAAAUAAAGGGUUAUGUUAGUAGCUUUCUCACAGAUGGUCUGUGGGGUAUAUGGUCUGUGAGCUUUUUCUUGUCUAAGAGAUUUUCAUUGUGGUUAUGUUGUUAUUUUCAUUCGACUUUACGCAAGAAUAUUAAGGUACCCAAUUUGUUUAUUAUAAUACACUAUUUUCAGUAUGGCAUCUCAAGAAGAAUCAUACGAACAGUUUGAAGAAGAUGAUGCUGCAGAUACUGCACUUGUCCUCUGUAGCUCGGGGCGAAAAAGACUAUUCAGCAAGGAACUAAGAUGUAUGAUGUAUGGAUUUGGAGAUGACCAAAAUCCCUAUACUGAAAGUGUAGAUAUUAUAGAGGAUUUGGUUAUUGAAUUUAUAACUGAGAUGACCCACAAGGCCAUGGAAAUAGGCAGAACAGGAAGAGUACAAGUGGAAGACAUUGUGUUUUUGGUUCGAAAAGAUCCUCGUAAAUAUGCUAGAGUAAAAGAUUUAUUGACUAUGAAUGAAGAAUUGAAAAGGGCUAGAAAAGCUUUUGAUGAAAUUAAAUUUGCAGGUAAAGAUGCCUUAGUGGGAUAAUUUAUUUUUUCAUGAAAAUUAAAAGUUUCCUUUUCAAAUAAAUAGAAGAAUCCUAAUUUUAUGACUUCUAUAUAUGACACAGGUGAUAGAUUUCACGUUAGAGCUGGAUAUUUUUUCAAUUGUGUGUAUUGGAAAGUCAUCAAGGUAGAAUGUGAAGUAUAAGGCUUGUAGAAUACAAACAUAUUCAGGCAUUUUUUUAAAUUUCAGUAUUAUUCAUUCUAUGAAUGAAACACUGAUGUAGACAAAAUAUGAACGUUUGUAAUCUAGAUAGAUUGAAAUACAAUUUUUUUAUAAAAU